AUUACGGGACCAGCCACAGAGUUUGGAAACCUAUUUCAUUCUACAAUACGCCUUGAAAAAAGUCCUAAUGGCCACAGAAGGUGUGGAAACCACAAGUGAAGAGGUCCCAGUACCUGGAAAGGUCAGCACCAGGUAUGAUCUCGAGAAGGAGACUGAACUCAGGUUUGAGGUGGAGUCAGGGGAGGCAGUGGAGCAAAUUGAACUGGAGCUCCUCACAGGAAUGGCUGAGGUGUUUGGAUCAGAGCUGAACCGCAACAAGAAAUACACCUUUGGAGCAGGAGCCAAGAUUGCAGUUUUCACCUGGCAAGGCUGCAGUGUGAAUCUCUAUGGGAAGCCAGAGGUGGCUUAUGUGUCUAAAGAUACUCCCAUGCUGCUCUACCUGAACACACAUGCUGCCCUGGAACAGAUGAGAAGACAAGCAGAGCGGGACAAUGAGAGGGGGCCAAGGGUUAUGGUGGUUGGACCUACAGAUGUGGGGAAGUCAACAGUGUGCCGGCUUCUGUUAAGCUACGCUGUAAGGGUGGGCCGGCGGCCGACACUAGUGGAACUGGAUGUUGGACAGAGUGGGGUGUCAGUACCUGGGACAGUUUCGGCACUGUGCAUUGAGCGCCCAGCAGACGUGGAGGAGGGUUUCUCCGUCCAGGCUCCUUUGGUCUACCACUUUGGCUCUACUACCCCAGGGACAAACAUCAAACUUUACAAUAAGCUGACGUCAUGCCUGGCCGAGGUGUAUUCCCAGCGCUGUGAGGUGAACAGGAAGGCCAGCGUGGGAGGCUGCAUCAUCAACACCUGCGGGUGGGUGAAGGGCUCUGGAUAUCAAGCUCUGGUCCACUGUGCCUCUGCCUUUGAGGUGGACGUGGUGCUGGUGCUGGACCAUGAGAGGCUCUAUAAUGAACUCAAACGAGACCUCCCUCACUUUGUACGGGUUGUGCUGCUCCCUAAGUCCGGAGGCGUGGUGGAGCGCUCCAAGGAGUGCAGGCGGGAUACUCGCGAUGAGAAGAUCCGCGAGUAUUUCUACGGCUUCAGGGGAGUGACCUUUUAUCCCUUUUCCUAUGAAGUACGUUUCUCAGAUGUCCGCAUCUACAAAAUCGGAGCACCAUCCAUCCCGGACUCAUGUUUGCCCCUGGGAAUGUCUCAGGACGACACACAGCUGAAGCUGGUGCCUGUGACUCCAGGGAGAGACCUUACGUAUCAUGUGCUGAGCGUGAGCAGCGCAGAGGACGGAGAGGAAGGGGCUAGAAAGGGUAUCGUAGAGAGCCCUGUGUGUGGCUUUAUCGUGGUGACUAAUGUGGACACACAAACACAGGUGAUGAAGGUGCUGUCCCCGGCACCCAGACCCCUGCCCAGACACACUCUGCUUAUCAUGGACAUCCGCUUCAUGGACAGUAAAUGAAGUCGCACUUUAGGGAAGAGGACCGAGUGUGAAUUUCUGUUGAAAAAAAUAUUGUUUUCUACUUUGUUUUCUAUAUGCUUUGUAAGGACUACAGAGGGCAAAAUAGUAAGAUUUAAGGACUGAAAUUAGUAGCUGCUGCAAAUGUACCCUAUUUUAUAAAACACUGUACAGACGUUUUGGCUAUUUGUGACAAUGGGAUAUUUUUAUUAUUGCAGGAACUGUUUCUUUGAUAAUCUGUUUUGAAAUGUUUUUGUUUGUUGAGUAAUAAAUGUUUUAAAUGUAAAAAAAA